CUUCUUGUAGAUGGAGGGGGUAUUCGUGGCAUUUCAUCCCUGUUGAUCCUAGAGUUCCUUCUUGACCUUAUCACGCAAGAAUUAAAGAGAAGGGGUGUCUUACCAGAUGAACACUCAAUCCUCGACCCACAGGAGGUCUUUGAUUUUGCAGUUGGGACAAGCACUGGAGGGCUGAUUGCUUUGAUGCUGGUCAAACUUGACAUGACAAUUAAUGAAUGCCUGGAACAAUAUCAGAUUUUAUCAAAACAGAUCUUUCGUAAAGACCGUCCACUUUGGCGAAGAAUAUUCGGAUCGGAUAUUUCCAAGUAUUCAGCAUCUCGACUUCAGACAGCAGUAGAAGGAUUACUGUCACGGAAAGGCCUCCCAGCUGACAUGAGCAUGCGCUGUAGCUCGCAAAAAAAUAAAAUGAUAGGGUCGGUUCUCUCCCACGAGCUGCCAAGCCUUGAGACAAGAUUUUUCUGCACCCAUGAGUGCUCUGGACCGUAUCACUUGAAUAUGAUGAAUUGCGAUCUGCAGCUGCGGCACGCAGCCCGUGCCACAUCAGCCGCCCCAUCAUACUUUAAGCCGAUGAGGAUCCAGGGACGUCAGUUUGUCGAUGGCGGUUACGGCGAGACCAACAAUCCUUCAUGGGCCGCAUGGUGGCAUUAUAAGCAGAAUCACAAUCUAUCCAGUGAUCAGACACUAGUAAUGAUCAACAUUGGAACUGGAACUUGCGCCAGAACCGACAGCGAGCCACAGGCGCAGCAGCGGCCGCUCUGGACGAAGUUAAUACCAAAUGGCAUUGUAGCUGCUCAGGGCUUGAUGGCCGAUCUCGCCAAAAUGGCCACAGAUGCAGAAGCUCCUGCUUCCAGACUGUGGUAUAUUGCGGACACCAGUCCCGAGCAGCUCCUGAUUGAGCGUUUCAGCGUUGAUACUGGAAUUGACACGAUCAAGCUUGAUGAUUGGCAAGCAGCGACAAGCACAAACCGACCGAGUAUCGUUGAGGUCAAGACUAAGGCUUAUCUUGAGAAGCCUGAGGUCCGACAGAGCCUCGAAAGAGCUGCUAUUGCCCUCGCCGACGUGUAUGUUGGCCGCCAGGCUGCAUCGGAGCCUCAA